AUGGCUACUUUUGUUGCCGGUAGCUUCCCGAAUGUCGACCACGGGGGCGAGAUCGAUCAAAAUAUGUCCGACAAAGGUCUUUUAGAUGUUCCCCAAAACAUCUCCAAUGCGACCCAAGCGCUGAUGGGCACAAGAGACCACAUUGAGGCGGGCGAGGAAGCCGUCGAGACGAAAACGAUGCAGCCCGAAACACAACAUGAUUCCACAAUGCCUGACGAGAAGUGCGGAGGCUCGCACACAUCUGUCGAGAUAUCGCCCAAUGAAAAUUAUAUACCUCGACAAGAUGAGACGGGUGAAAAGAGUGGCCCAAUUGAGAAUGGCGACAAAAACCCCGGCCCUCCUCCGCCACCUCUAGAUCGUGACACGCCCCCUUAUUAUGUCCCAAAUGGGGUGCCGGUGCAUUAUCGGAAUAACUUGAACUGGAUGACUUCUUUCGGCCCUGGACGAAUUGCUGUACAUGGCUUAGUUGAUUACAUGCGAGGGGUUGAUGAGCGACUUCAAAUCAUCGAGAAGAAAUUACACACCAACGAGGAGACCAUCAAAGAGCCCCACGAUGAAGUUGCUCCACCAGAACCAGAUGAGACUGCAAGCGCCGAUGCCAACAAAGUAGGAACUAAAGUUAAGUUCUUUGAAGCGGUUGUGGAGGAUUUCCACCAAGACGGCAAUCUUCUAGACAGUGCUACGGAUUAUGGGAGGUUCUCUUCCAACAAAGACCAUCCGCAGGUGCUUCGAGUGCUAUACCACAAGCUGUCAGACCACAAGACAAUCGACAAAAUCAACCCAGACCCUGCGCAAGUUGAGAUCAUCUAUCUCAGCAUCCUCUCCGACCCCAUCGCGUCCUUUUUCAGGGAUGUGUUAGGUCUCGACUGUGGCUCUGGCUACGCCUGCAUGCGCUUCUCCAAGCCCUUUCGCCCAUUGAUCAGAAACCUUAAACCGCUGAGAGACCAUCUCGCAAAGCUUGAGGAAGCAUACGGGUAUAGGGUUUCCAACUUCAGCGAGUCUCGAGAUGGGUUACCAAGUAAAUUUGCUAACAAGGCUGUCGUCAGGAAUCUUGAACUCGACUAG